GCGGCCCAAGGAGGCCGGGCCGCUCCCGCCCCUCAGCUGGGAGCCCGCAGCGAGCUGGUGCAAACUUCAGAGCCGAGCUGGAGCGGCACAGCGUGGAGCCGGGCAUGGGGUAGCCACCGCGCUGUACUGUGCUCUCCACCAUGUAGGAGAGCCUCCGGCAUCGCUCCGCGCCGCCUGCACCGAGUUCGUACCGGCCCUGGGGGGACCAUGCGGAGCGCCCCGGCCGCCGGGCUUCUGCCGCUGCUCUUGGGGCUGCGGCUGCUGCUGAGCGGUGGCGCCGCGGCUCAGUACUCCAGCGACCUGUGCAACUGGAAGGGGAGUGGCCUAACUCAUGAGUCUCACAAGAAGGAUGUUGAACAGGUCUACCUCCGCUGUUCUGAAGGGUCAAUAGAGUGGAUGUAUCCCACAGGAGCCCUCAUUGUCAACCUGCGACCCAACACUUCACCUGCCUCUUACAAACAUUUGACUGUUUGCAUAAAGCCCUUCAAGGACUCCGCAGGAGCAAAUAUUUAUUUGGAAAAAACUGGAGAACUGAAACUUUUGGUCCGAGAUGGAGAUCGCAGCCCCAGUAAGGUGUAUUGCUUUGGCUAUGACCAGGGGGGCCUGUUUAUUGAGGCCACUCCUCACCAGGACAUUAGCAGGAAGAUUACAGGCUUCCAGUACGAACUGAUGAGCAAGGGGAUGGCAUCUGAUUUGCACACAGUUUCUGCUCCCUGCCGACCAUGCAGUGACACAGAGGUCCUCUUGGCUGUCUGCACUAGUGACUUUGUGAUCAGAGGCUCCAUUCAGGAUGUGACAAACCAGGCAGAGGAGCAAGAGUCCAUAAUUCACGUCGGUGUCAGCAAACUGUACAGGCAGAAGAGCAAAGUCUUUCAGCUCACGGGGGAGAGUGGGAACUGGCGAGGACAAAUAAAGACCCCGCUGGAGUGCGGGGUGAAGCCAGGAGACGGUGACUUCCUUUUCACGGGACGCAUGCACUUUGGGGAGGCCAGGUUAGGCUGUGCCCCUCGUUUUAAAGACUUCCAAAGGAUGUACAGAGAGGCAAAAGACAAAGGGCUCAACCCAUGUGAAAUUGGCCCGGAUUGAAAUCCCCUGUUUGGCCGAAGAUUGCUUUUAGCGUUGGGUCAGGAAUAUUUCCUAGCCAUGGUGAAAACUCUCACCCAAACUGGGAACUGAGAGCAUGGCCAGAUCUGGAGUGCAGGCUGAGACCCCACCCCCGGGACACGUCUGCAGCCUGUGGUGCUGUUAGACUGAUGGAAGCUACAGAGGUACGAGCUCAGAAGGCUGCCAAGCAAGCAAGGCUGGAUUUUUAACCAAUCUUGUCCUUACGAAUUAAGUUAUUAUAUUUUUUUAGUGACUUCCUUAGGAAAACAAACAAAAGAAAACUCCCACGUCUUAAUAAAAAUCCCAAAUGAAAGCCAAGAUGCCUUUGUAUCUUUUUCAUACUAACUGUUAAAAUGCCUUAAGGUGAUGUAGCAUUCGGUGUGGCAUAUUCUGUGUUUAAAUGGCCAGGGAUGUGAUGAAGCGCAGUGAAACAUCUUAACGUCGAUGCUUUGUAAAAAGCUUUGGUGUACAAUUCAAAGUUCUUUCUUAUGACAGAAAUCUAUGGAGCCAAACCCUCCUCUGUGUGUUUCCCUCUCUCUCACCCUCUCUUUUUUUUCAUAUUUAAAAGAAUGUACAAUCAAUGCCUGCAAUUUUUGGGUCCAGGCUGGCAGGUUUUACUUUUUUUCCCCAGAGAAAUAAAGGUUCCUGGAUUUGA